AUGACAAAGAGCAAAAAUCAACGAAGUCGUGGGGGGUGUAUAUCAUGUAAACACAGGAAGAAGAAGUGUAAUGAGGUCAAGCCUACUUGCGGAACUUGUGAGCGUAUGGGCAUCACCUGUCAAUAUGUCAAAAAGUUGUACUGGAACGACACCAACCAGAGUUCAAAUCGUCACUAUACCAUACGAACAGUACCUCCCAAAUUUUUCUUGACCACUACAGUUGAGGACAUGAAGUUGAAUACAAGACUUCAGAACCCCAAUAACAACUCGACGAUGCCGUACAGGUUGAAGGUUGAUUCUGUUCCCAAACAAGAACAUCCUCAAGAGGCACCAAAUUUAAACCCAAAUAUUGAAAGUGAUUUAUUUGAUCAUUAUGUGGAGGUUGUGAGCAAAAAGAAGGUGUUUGGAAACCUCCAGUUGAAUGGGUUUCGAUCUAUUAUCAUCCCGCACUGUAUAACGUCUCCUUCGCUUUUCCAAUCUAUAAUAGCCAUAUCAGCUAGUGACUUGAUCCGCAGAUACCCAACCCAUACAUAUUUCCUGAAAUUGACCACCAAGUAUAAGAACGAAGCUAUCAACUUGAUGUAUAAUCUCCUAGAUGAUUUUGGGAAGGAAAGAAUCGACGAGAUUGUCACUAGUAUUCUAAUCUUAUGUUCUUUAGAGAUUGGCGAAGAUUUAAACAGUAACUGGGUGAACUACCUCAAACAAAGUUGUCUUAUUUUCCUGACGUUGAAUGAUGAAGACAUACUCCAGUCUGAAGUGCUUCUAUUCUGCUACAGGUAUUUCAUCCUACGGUAUAUCCUCCUACUUUCAAGCUUGAACCGUUUGGAAUACUUCUAUUUUACCAACAACUUCCCCAUGAAAUUUAUCGACACAUUUUUUAAAGAUGACUCAGUUGACUAUAUGCUUGGGUGUUCACCUAAACUCAUCCAAAUAAUUGGUGAUAUCACUCGUUUAAAAAAUAAUGACGACUCCAUCGACCCUUCCCAGGUUGGGGAGAUCUAUGACGCCUUGUUUGCACUACGUGAAGAACAUGAAGACCUAAAACUAAACUUUUGCUCCCAGCUCUACCUUCAUACUGUCAAAAUCCACUUGGCCAGCACAUUUGAGCUGCAGCUCAACUCUUUACAUUUGACUAUUGAUACAGAGUUUCAUGUCCAAGAAGUUCUUAAAAUAUUUCAAAAUAUUACCAAUUACGAAAGCCCAACGUUGUUUCCCACCUGGUGUAUUUUAAUACUAAGUGUAUGUAACUACAAUGUUUUCAUACGGCACCAAGUCCUUGACACUUGUGUAAGGGUAGAGAAGAACUGGCCGCGAUCAUCGGCUACCUUGCUAAAAGGUUCAAUUCAGGUCAUCUGGAAAAUCAGAGAUUUGACUCCAGGGAUGGACUGGCGGGAUAUAUUUUCCUCUUUAAAUAUCAAGCUCUGCCUCACGUGA